AUGUUCGGGAGUGUCACGUGGUACAUGUGCGCGAUCGGUCGGACCGAAACCACGGGAUUGCCGAUUGGCGCGACGGGACACGCCCCACGAAUCUUUGAUCCACUUCCAGCAUUGGAAUCCCUGCCGCUUUUGACUGAGAUCUGGCCAUUGACAUUGAGGCCCCAUGGUCAUGACCACGAGUCAAGCUUCGGGCUCCACGAUUUGACGUCCGUCUGGGCACUGCCUCCCAUGGAUCUUACAUCAGUGCGUGGGGGGACCAUUGUCAAGGACAUUGUGGUCGACCACUGUCCCAGCACAGGCCGCAGACCCCGCGGUAAGCCACUCACCCCUGCACAAGAGGGCCUUCUGAGAGAACUCUUCGAACAAGAACUGCUCUUUGUGCCCAAAGGAAGCCAACCACUGAAACCCUUCUGGGUCAAUCUCGCCUCUCGGUUUCGUGAACACUCAGGUCAGGAGUAUUCUUGGCUGUCUGUCAAGCGGCGGGCUGCGGGUUGGCAUCAGGGAUCCCCGGAAAAUGAACGCCCAGUCGAUGUGUCUCGCGCCAGCCUGAAUAGAGGUGAAAGUCCGGUCACCGAGAACAAAUCUGAAGCCGCUGUCCGUGAUCCCCCAAAGUCGCAGGUCCAGUCGGGGAUACCCCGGCGGGCUCUGGCGCAAAAUGGUUCCUCACAACCGCAGGAUCCCGUCAAUUUAGAUCGGCCGGAACCUUUAAGGGGCCCUGGUGUUCCCGACGAGAUGCAGCCCUCUCAUUUCUCAAGUGCAAAGGCUCUUAAUUCAGUGACGAAAUCCAAAUCUCAUCGCAAGUCUCGAAGCCCCGACCGGUCAAGAUCACCCGACCAUGUAUCACGGCAUAGAUACCGACAUCGCUCUCCCCCCGCGAAAAGGCAUACGAUGAGGGUCGCUCUAACAAAGCAUUACCGCUUGGCCUCUGCCUCUCAUAAGGCAGCCCCGUCUGGUCUCAAGCCGGCAUCAGAUGCCUCAGCUGGUCUCAACCAUGCUUCGACGCCAAAUUUCGCAGGACUAGACCACAUUCGUGAUUCGUCAGGGGAAGAUGACGCUGGUAACCUGCUUCGGGACUCGACAAGGUCACCACCCAAAGAGGACUCGAUCAGCGACAAUCUUCUUGAGAUCUCGGACCUAUCCGACACAGAUGAUUUACCAGCAACGCCCGUGUCAAUUCCGAGAAGGGAUGCCGUUCUGAAGAAAUGGUGA